AUAACGAGAACCAUCAAGUCCCCAACCAAGCAUAUACACGACGAGCACAGGUAAACCAAAGCUGACAGAGAGAGAGAACCAAACACACACCACCAAAUAGCAAUAGCAAUAGUAGCAAUAGCAAGCAAGAAUUCAAGAAGCUAGCCAAAACGAUGAAUGCGAAAAUGGCGUUCCCCUCUCCCCUCUUCCCUCCUCCCAACUCUACCCACACCACACACAAAUCCCCCUCCCUAUUCCUCGCUCCUCGCCGCCGCCGACCCCUAGUCAUACUCCGAGCAACUGGCCCGGCCACCGCCAACGACGAUAACAAAGGAGAAGAACAACAACAACAACAACCACCAAUCACCGUCGACGGCACAAACAACGACACCACAACCAAAACGCCGCGGACCACACUCAACAUCAAGUAUCGGGUACGUUCCAAAAACCAGGCCAAGCAGAGAAAGGCAGCGGCAGAGGCGCCGCCGUCACCGCCGCCGAAAAAGGAGUGGGAUGCGAUGACGCUGGGGGAGAAGGCUGUGGAGCUCUAUGUGGGGGAGAAGGGCCUCCUCUUCUGGCUCAACAAGUUCGCCUACGCCUCCAUCUUUAUUGUCAUCGGCGGAUGGGUCCUCUUCCGCUUCGUCGGCCCCUCCCUUGGCCUCUACCAGCUCGACUCGGCUCCCCUCUCCCCCUCCUCCAUUUUCAAGGGCUCACCUUGAGUUUUCUUUUUCUUUUUUUCUUUCACCAUCAUCAUCAUCAUCAUCAUCAUCAUCAUCAAUAAAAGGUUAUCACCACCAUCAUCAUCAUCAAUAAAGUUCCACUUGAGGUCAUUUA